AUGCCUGUCUCGCACAUCACUCUCACGGUCUCCCACCUUCCGACCUCGACCUCCUUCUUCUUAUCAUGUCUGCAACCAUUGGGAUACCAGUUCAUUGGCAGACAUGACGACUAUAUAGGUUUCGGUCAGAAGCAGGGGGAGCCUGCUGAUUUCUGGAUGACUGAGACUAAGCCUGGAACUCCUCCCGGUGCUGUCCAUGUCGCCUUCCCAGCCCCGUCGAAAGACGCAGUCGGCUCGUUCUUCAUAAGCGCUCUCAAAGCAGGCGCGAAGAUACAUGGGGAACCCAAGGAGCGAGAUUCGCAAUCUGGGUACUUCAGCGCGGCCGUCAUCGACUUCGACGGCAACAGCAUUGAAGCCGUGUACCGGCCCGAAGUGUCGUCCGCUGCGUCGGCCAUCAGCGGGCCCACCAUGGCUCUGCUGGAGGAUUCAAAUCGAUCCGUGGUUUCGAAGGCAAGCAGCAGAGCCAGCACCGUCAAGGCAGAGAGCGUCGCCCCGCGAUCCGAAGCAGGAUCCGUGGCCAGGUCCGAGGCCAAGUCUCGUGCAGUUUCCAAGGCGCCCACGGCCGUGUCCAAGGCUCCUACGGCCAUUGAGCGGUCUGCUCCAACUGUCGUCUCCCGUGCUCAGGCCCCAGCCCCGUCAUACGUCGUGCAGGCAGCGCCGGUGCAGACUGAUGACGGUAGCAAAGCAGCCAAGACCAUCGUUGGCACGCUCAUUGGUGCUGCUGCUGGUGCCGCCAUCGCAUAUGCCAUGGUCAAGGGUGACUCGCAGUCUACCGCGGAAGACACAAGGAGCCAGCCUCAGCAGUUUCCCACGGACUUCCCGCAGAUCAAAGCCGCAGCCCAAUCCUUCUUUGGCGGCGGCAACAACAACAACAAUGGCAACAACUUCCAAGAGCAAGACCCCCAGCAAUUCCGUGCCAUUGAAGCACCGCCCCCGCCUCGCAGCGUCUACUCCGCUGCCUCAAACCCGCGCUCAACGCUCUCCCGCAGCGUUAGCUCCAAGAACCCCCGCGCCAGCACCAUCUACGAAGGCACUGAAUACUACCACGGUGACAACGCCCGCCGUGCAUCCGAAGGCUCAGUCUACACCAUCCCCGAGGACACCCCUCUGCGCGCCAUCGAAUACCCACCCGCAAGCGCCGCCUCGCAGCAGCGAUACCCAUGCGCACCCUCCACCUUCAUCAGCAGCUACCACGAAGACAUGCCCCGCCACAUGUCAACAGGCAGCGUGCACAGCGCCUCGACCGUGAAAGCCGCCUCCGCAACCCGACGUCACAGUCACGACGACAAAGACGGCUACUCAACCGUCAGUCACCGCAGUCAAAGCGUCCACAGCCAGCACAGCCAGCACUCGCACCGCUCCGUGCGCACCUCCUCGCACGCCGGACGCGAAAAGGAAAAAGACAACGCCAGCGUUGCGUCAUCGAAAUCAGCACGCAAUAUCCCAUUGCCCGUCACCUCGACCCCUAGCUUCUAUUCCAGCUCCAGCAUUCACAGCAGGGACAUCGCGAUCGGACCCAAGGAUUCCUACGUCAGCCCGUCAGACCACUACGGACCUAAGGAUUCUUACAUCUCCGCGCGCCAUGUAUUGCUGCCCGAAAGCGUGCUCGACGUCGACGUCGAAUCAAAUGUCUCGCCUGAUGAUUCGAUCAGCCAGGCUGGUGGAAGAUCCCACCAUUCGCACCGCUCGCACCGCUCUCAUCGAUCCAGUCAUUCGAAGAGGGAGCCUAGCGUGCACUCUAAGUCUGGUUCUCGCUUUGACGAGGCUGUUAAGCCGGCUGAUUCGGUUAGUCAGGUCUCCAGGGCCUCACAGAGGACUGUCAAGGCUGAAGGUAGCAAGGCUGCUUCUAAGGCUCCUAGUCGUCGUGGUAGCCAGGUUGCUUGA